UAGUGAGCGACUGUAAUGUGAUUGUUGAAUGUUGAUGAGUUUGGUAUACUUGAGAUCAUCCAACAUCCAGAAGCAGAUUGAAGCAACGAUCGUUAAGCAGCAGCAGCAGCAGCAACAGCAUCAGUAAUCCAUAAACAACAUCCGCCGCGCAGUUGCAGCAACAACAGCUGGAGAAGGACUUCCGCUGACCUUUUGAUGUUUUCCAUCUCGUCAAUCUUCGAUCCGGCGUUCGAAGUAGGCUCUUCGUAGCUACGUAGCGCGGAAACCCUGGAACAGACACGGCAUCACAGUGGACCAAAGCGUGCGGCGCCGUGUGUGCAAGGAUCGAGAGUGUGAGGUUGCGAGAGAGUGAAUGCAUAACGCGCGGAUAUUCGUCAGAGAAUAUUCCCUGUCUGAGGUUUGCCUGAGAUCUGACAGUUGUUCAAGUGCGGUGAAGCGUAUAUCCGAGGUUGUGCGAUCUUUACUUCUGUGAGAGAGUGAAUACAGCCGGCCGCGGACGUCGAAACAUCAAGUGCAAGCGCUGAACGAGGACAUUUCAAUGUAAGCUCUACCACAAACCCAUCAACCAAGCAACACAUCUGCGAGCGUGCGAGUGGUGCGAGAGAACGCGCGGAAGAUUUGAGCGAGUGCGACAAGUCAAAAGUGAAAGAAGUGUGUGAAGUGCUAUUCUCUGCGGUAUUCGGUAGUUUGUAAUCGUGACUUGUUUUUGUACCUUAUAUAUCUAGUUUGUAACAACGCGAGUGCGUGCGUGCGAACGACCUACCAACAGCAACAUGUCGAUGGUAAUGGUCCGUAUGGAGGAAGCCAACAAGUUGUUGGACUUCUCGCAGAAGCUAGACAUCGGUCUGCUGGAUAGUGUCGUGGAUUGCCUGUACAGUAGCACCGGGGAGCAGUUGAGAUUGGCCCAGAAUAUUCUCACCACCUUAAAGGAACACCCCGAUGCAUGGACCAGGGUCGAUAGUAUCCUAGAAUUCUCGCAAAAUCAGCAAACCAAAUUCUACGCCCUGCAGAUCCUGGAGGAGGUCAUCAAGACCCGCUGGAAAAUCUUGCCACGUAACCAGUGCGAGGGAAUCAAAAAGUAUGUGGUUGGGCUGAUCAUCAAGACAUCCCAGGAUGCAACCGUUAUGGAAGCGAAUAAAGUUUAUCUGAAUAAGCUUAAUAUAAUUCUGGUACAAAUUUUAAAACGGGAAUGGCCGAAUAAUUGGGAAACCUUUAUCAGUGACAUCGUGGGGGCUUCAAAAACGAAUGAAACACUCUGCCAAAACAACAUGAUCAUCUUGAAACUGCUAAGCGAGGAGGUGUUCGACUUUUGUUCUGGCCAGAUCACGCAGACCAAGGCCAAACAUCUAAAGGACACCAUGUGCUCGGAGUUCUCGCAGGUGUUCACACUGUGUCAAUUCGUAUUGGAAAAUUCACUGAAUGCACCGCUGAUAUCCGCUACUCUUGAAACUCUGUUGAAGUUCUUGAACUGGAUUCCCCUUGGGUAUAUCUUUGAGACAAAGCUCAUCGACAUGUUGGUUUGCCGCUUCCUAACGAUACCCAUGUUCAGGAAUAUUACGCUGAAAUGCCUUUCGGAGAUCGCGGGCCUACAACUGGCAAACUAUGGACAUAUCUUCGUGGCAAUGUUCAAGCAGACGAUGGAACAGUUCGACAGUAUGAUUCCCUCCUGCACUGACAUGAAUCAAAUCUACAUGAAUGGCUCGGAUGAUGAGCAGUGCUUUGUACAAAACUUGGCCAUGUUUUUGUGUACCUUCUUGCGAGUACAUUCGGCUCUUGUCGAGAAACGGGAAACCAUGGAUACGGUGCUCAAGGCACUUGGCUACCUGGUAAUGAUCUCGGAAGUCGAAGAUGUUGAAAUCUUCAAAAUAUGCCUAGAGUACUGGAAUAGCCUCGCUUCGGAACUGUACAAAGAUUCCUACAGUUCUAGCCAGCGUCGUACGUUCUACGCCAAGAUUUUGUCCAAGGUGCGCUACAUUAUGAUCUCGCGGAUGGCCAAGCCCGAGGAGGUGCUCGUCGUCGAGAACGAAAACGGCGAGGUGGUGCGUGAGUUCAUGAAGGACACCAAUAGUAUUAACCUGUACAAGAAUAUGCGAGAAACGCUCGUAUAUCUGACCCAUCUGGAUUACGCUGACACCGAGCGUAUCAUGACGGAGAAACUGUGUCACCAGGUGAAUGGUUCCGAGUUUUCGUGGAAGAAUUUGAACACACUCUGCUGGGCUAUCGGGUCCAUCUCUGGUGCCUUCUUCGAGGACGACGAAAAACGGUUUCUGGUCACGGUGAUCAAGGAGCUGCUCGGACUCUGCGAACACAAAAAGGGAAAGGACAACAAAGCAAUCAUAGCAUCGAAUAUCAUGUACGUGGUUGGGCAGUACCCUCGGUUUUUGAGGGCGCACUGGAAGUUCUUGAAAACGGUCGUCAACAAGCUGUUCGAGUUCAUGCACGAAACGCACGAUGGUGUGCAGGACAUGGCCUGUGAUACUUUCAUCAAGAUCGCCCUGAAGUGCCGAAGGCACUUUGUUCAACUGCAGCCCAACGAAUCGUGUACCUUUAUUGAGGAAAUCCUUGCCACCAUGAGCACGAUCAUCUGCGAUCUGCAGCCGCAACAGGUUCACACAUUCUACGAAGCUGUGGGGUACAUGAUCUCCGCCCAGGUUGAUCAGGUUCAACAAAACAUAUUGAUCGAAAAGUACAUGAUGCUGCCGAAUCAGGUCUGGGACGAAAUCAUCUCGCAAGCUACGAAAAACGUUGACAUUCUCAAGGACAUGGCCGCCGUCAAGCAGCUGGGAAGCAUCCUGAAAACUAACGUCCGCGCAUGCAAAGCCCUCGGCCAUGCGUAUGUGUCCCAGUUGGGCCGAAUCUAUCUCGAUAUGCUGAACGUGUACAAAAUCAUGUCGGAGAACAUCACGCAGGCAAUCGCUCUGAACGGACUGGCGAUCAACAACCAACCGCUGAUCAAGGCAAUGCAUGUCGUCAAGAAGGAAACGCUUACCCUCAUCUCCGAGUGGGUGUCCAAAUCGAACGACUCGCCGAUGGUGAUGGAGAACUUCAUCCCGCCACUGCUGGAAACGGUGUUGUUUGAUUAUCAGCGGACGAAAGUGCCGAAUGCUCGAGAACCGCUGGUGCUCAGCACGAUGGCAUCGAUCGUCAACAAACUGCAGGCGGUCAUCACGCCGGAGGUCCCGAAAAUCUUCGACGCCGUGUUCGACUGUACGCUCGACAUGAUCAACAAGAACUUCGAGGACUACCCGCAGCACCGGACCAACUUCUACGAACUGUUGCAAGCGGUCAACACGCACUGCUUCAAGGCGUUCCUGAGCAUUCCGCCAAAUCAGUUCAAACUGGUGUUCGAUUCGAUUGUGUGGGCAUUCAAGCACACGAUGCGAAACGUGGCCGACACUGGACUAAACAUUCUGAUGCAGAUGUUGCAGAACCUCGAACAGCACCCACAGGCAGCGCAGAGUUUCUAUCAGACCUACUUCACGGACAUCCUGAUGCAAAUCUUCUCGGUGGUAACGGACACCUCGCACACGGCCAGCCUCCAGAACCACGCCACCAUUCUGGCGUACAUGUUCUCGUUGGUUGAGGCCGGCAGGAUUACGGUCAGCCUUGGGCCCUCGCCGGACAACGUACUGAACAUCCAGGAUUACGUCGCGACGCUGCUCAAAUCCGCCUUCAGCCAUUUGACCGAUAAUCAGAUCAAGAUCUUCGUCACCGGUUUGUUCAACCUCGAUCAGGACGUCCAUGCAUUUAAGGAGCAUUUACGAGACUUUUUGAUCCAGAUUAAGGAGGUGACGGGUGAUGACGACUCGGAUCUUUACCUGGAGGAGCGUGAGACCGAGCUGAAGAAAGCCCAAGAAGAGAAGAGACGAAUUCUGAUGACGGUGCCUGGUAUGAUCAAUCCACACGAGCUACCGGAGGAGAUGCAGGAUGAGUAAGAAGCGUUCAUGAACGAAUUGUUGUACGGUGGUGUUAUGGAAUCAGUGAAAAUUGUAUUUGUUUGUUGAGUAAGCAAAAAAGAAAUCGAGAAUAGAUCAACGGUGUGAAAUGGUUGAAAUUUUGAAUUAGGCUUUUUCUUUCCCUGGAAAGAAUUUAUACUUUCUCUCUCUCUGUUUUGCAACAACAAUAAAAAAACUAAAAAAGAAUAAUUUUCACGUUAUGGUCUUAUUUCUGCAAACUAUAAUAAGCGUUACGGAAAUACACAAAUUUAACAAUAUUUUCGUCACAUAACACUAAUAGGAACAAAACAAAAAAUAUACAGUAGAUCCGCGCGCACUAAAACGAAAAAAAAAAGCCAAAAACAUAACCAGCAACAUGCAGAGAAACAACACAGCCACUGAAUAUCCCAGCAAUAGAAUUAAAAUGGUAAAAUUAUGGACAGGAAAGCAGACAAGUCACAGUUUCUGAAAUGAUGAUCGUUUUGCGUUGAUGGUGGUGAAAGAAGCAAGUACAGAGUUGCAGUUUUUUUCUUCUUCUGUAGGAAAGAGCAGUUUGUGUGAGGUUCAUAUUUUACAUGCAGGAAUAAAAUGGAAUCCCAUUUUCAUUACAUAUUUUAUUAUUACACAUUUAUUUAUAAGAUGCUACAAAAAGUUUAUAAUUAUUACUUUCCGGAUUGAUGCGUGUUGGAAUGUAUGAAAUCUGUUGUUCUUACUAUAUUUUUUUUGCGAUAAAAAUACUAUCCCUUACUCAAGUUUUUUUUAACGAUAAGAGCGUGAUUAGGCUAGCAGCUAUGUGCCUACUAUAGUAGCCAGCAGCAAUUCGGAGUAAUGAUAUGUUUGAAGGCGGUCGUGAAAGAGAGAGCGUGUGAGCGCGCAGAAAUGGUUAAAAGUCUGAGGUAUUUGUGCAUCCUUUUUAGUUUGCGAUGUUUUUAUAACUAUCGGAUAAAUUUAGGUCGAUGAGUCUCCAAAUAGAAGUUUUUCAGUGAGAUGAAAUUCUAAACAGAAAGUACAUCGGCAUAAAGGAAAUCUAAAUUUGGAGAGUUGCUCAAAUUCUCGGGAAUUUUGUUCGUAUGUCCAGAAUCUUUACCUCAAACACGAAUUUCUAUUAAACUUGGAGUCUCUUCUGUCCACAUGGUCCGAUAACAAAAAAACAACAAACACAGUUGCGGUUUAGGUUACAAUUGUAGCGGCGGAUUGACUUCGGAUCGGGAAAGAAAAGGUCAGAGUGAAGAGGAGGAGAAGGAAGUACAGAUUAUAUGGGUAUUGCGGAUCGAGUUUUGUCGUGGUAGGGAUUUUAUGCUGAACGUAGAUUAUAAAGUUUAUUAGUAAAAACACACACACACUUACAACAUGUGAAUCGACAAAAUGGAUAGACAGAAGCACUAAUAACUUAUAAGAGGGUUAGAAUUGAUGAACACUGUAAUAAUUGCAGCGAGUACAUCGUGUAAACGUUUGUAGAGAUUUGGAUAGUAGAUGCGAAGGAAGGGAAAACAAGUCUACGGAUACAAUAAUAGACGAAAAAGUACGAAACUAAGCUACGUUUUUCUUUUCUCCUACGAAUAACAAACAUUUACAAGAUGAAAAAGAAGUAACAAAAAAAAUGUAUGCGUGUUUGAAUGUUUGUGUGAAAAUCUUAACAUGGAAUACAUGAAAUCACUUGCGGAUGUUUAAACGUAGCGCAUGAGCAGUACACUACCGGAGAGAGAUCGCCGAGAAAAUGAAUAACAUUUUUUCAACAAGUUACAAAAACGAAAUAAGUGAAGAAACAAAAAAAAACGUUGAAAUUAUAGCGUGAGAGCACAUCGUGGAAGAAUUUUUGAUGCAUUACGAAUUACCUGCAGGAAAAUCAAGCGGAGGAAUAAAGCCAGAAUCAUUUAUUAUCUCAUGUAGAUCAUA